UCCAUCUCUCCUUAUCAAUUCGAACAAAUCUGAAACAACUUCAAUGAAAGCGCGUCUUUCUAGUUCUUCCCUCGCUUUCCUCCGCCAUGGGAACACUGCGAAUCAUACCUAACCCACUUUCUUACUCAAUCCACCUGCAAUUAACUCCUUCCGACCUUUCUAUCAAUCCCUUAUCGCACAUAUUGCGCUCAAUUUUACAGAUGGUAUGUUUAAUUAAAGGAAUCUGCCAUGGGAAGCAUUACCACGCAGCUCACAUAGCCGCUGUAUUAAGCAGGGCUUGGAUUGCUGGGGUUGAGCGAAUCGUUGUUGCAUGUAGAAUCAUUCAAGUUCGACGUGAUGAAUUUUGCUUAUGGAGUGAUUCGAAUCUCAAACAGCUGUUCCUGCCUUGAGAUAUUUUUUUAUCAACAAGAAUCAUUCA